AUGGCAAGGCGUGGACCUAAAACCAACAAACAAAAAUUGGCCCCCGAGAAGGAGCGCUUUAUCCAAUGUUGUUCGGAUAUAACAUUGGAACUGACGAACUCGUUAACAUCGGGUUCCACCAAGGAAACCAACUUAAAUGGGCUUAUCACUAAGUUUUCUAAGAAGUACAAGCUUAAGCAGCAGCCCCGCUUGACAGACAUCAUCAACUCUAUCCCCGACCAAUACAAAAAAUACCUUCUCCCUAAGCUAAAAGCCAAGCCGGUGCGAACCGCGUCAGGCAUAGCGGUGGUCGCUGUCAUGUGCAAGCCCCAUAGAUGCCCUCACAUUGCAUACACUGGUAACAUCUGUGUUUACUGUCCUGGUGGACCAGACUCCGACUUUGAGUAUUCUACACAGUCGUACACCGGUUACGAACCCACUUCGAUGCGCGCUAUUCGCGCCCGUUACGACCCUUACGAACAAGCUCGUGGUAGAGUCGAGCAGCUCAAGCAACUGGGGCACUCGAUCGACAAAGUCGAGUAUAUUAUCAUGGGCGGUACUUUUAUGUCCCUUCCAAAGGAUUAUCGUGAAGACUUUAUAGUCAAGCUGCACAACGCCCUCUCCGGUUUCAACGGUAAUGACAUAGACGAGGCUAUCCAGUUUUCGCAGCAAAGUUUGACUAAGUGUGUGGGUAUCACUAUCGAAACAAGACCAGAUUACUGCACACAUACGCACCUCGACGACAUGCUGAAGUAUGGUUGUACGCGUCUAGAAAUUGGCGUGCAGUCUCUUUACGAGGACGUCGCUAGAGACACGAACCGUGGGCAUACUGUGAAGUCAGUUGCUGAGACAUUUUGUGUGGCCAAGGACGCAGGCUACAAAAUUGUCUCGCAUAUGAUGCCUGACUUGCCAAACGUUGGUAUGGAAAGAGAUAUCGAGCAGUUUAAAGAGUAUUUCGAGAACCCUGCUUUCAGAACAGACGGGCUUAAAAUUUACCCAACUCUAGUCAUAAGAGGAACUGGUUUAUAUGAACUUUGGAAAACAGGCCGCUACAAGUCUUACAACGCUAAUGCCCUUGUCGACUUAGUCGCUCGUAUCAUGGCUCUAGUUCCACCCUGGACUAGAAUUUACCGUGUCCAGAGAGAUAUUCCAAUGCCUUUGGUGACUUCUGGUGUCGACAACGGUAAUCUGCGAGAGCUAGCGCUGGCGAGGAUGAAAGAUUUUGGCACAACCUGCAGAGAUGUCCGUACGAGAGAGGUCGGAAUCCAGGAGGUCCAUCACAAAGUUCAGCCCGACCAAGUUGAGCUCAUCCGCAGAGACUACUACGCCAACGGCGGGUGGGAAACAUUUUUGUCAUAUGAAGAUCCAAAGCAGGACAUUUUAAUAGGACUUCUGCGACUCAGGAAAGCUUCCAAGAAGUACACUUACAGGAAAGAGUUCACCUCCCAAAGAACGUCUAUUGUCAGGGAGCUGCAUGUCUAUGGUUCAGUGGUGCCUCUGCAUUCUAGGGACCCGCGUAAGUUCCAGCACCAGGGAUUCGGCACACUGUUGAUGGAAGAAGCAGCGAGGAUAGCAAAGGAAGAACAUGGUUCAGAAAAAAUAUCGGUCAUUUCUGGUGUUGGUGUGAGGAAUUACUAUGCCAAGCUAGGUUACGAAUUAGAUGGCCCCUAUAUGUCUAAGAAGUUGUAA